AGAUCCGCAGGGUUAAACCGGGGAAAGUUGUUUCCUGUACACUUCAGUCCUGCUCCAUUUUGAUCGUUUUUAUGUAUUUUCUGUUAAAUAUAAAGUUCUGAUUAGAAUUAGACAGAAUCUACGGCAUUUAACGAGAAUGCUUUUGAAACAGAUGAGACAGAUGAGUCUGUUUUAAAGAGUUUUAGAGCAUGGAGGUAACGAGUAAGCAGGACAGCCAGACUGUCGAGUCGACCGAAGAUGAAGUGAAUCUGCAGAUUCAGCUGGUGGAAUGUGAGGCACAGUUAGAACAUUGGCAGGGAGUGGCAAAAAUUUGUGAGCUUAGCAAAGAGGAGGAGCUGCAAGAGCUGCAGAGACAGUGUGACCAGGAGAUACAGUCACUACAUGAGGCUCUGAGAGAGACAGCAUCUCAGUAUGAGGCUAGAAUAUGUGCUCUACAAUCAGAGCGGGCUCAGUGGAGAAAAGCAGCGUUGACUCCGGAUAACAAGGACAACAUAAAGAAGGGAAGGAUAGAAGUAGCUUCCCCACCAAGUGAGAGACUGCAGGAUGCUGGAGGGGACAGUGAGUCUCCGGAGGGACUGGCCGAGCUCUCAGAAGCUGAGAGAACAGGCCUCCAUAUGGAGGGAUUCUACACACAGCACAGUGAUUCCUCCUCUUUAUCUUGCUUCUCUCUGGACACCCCGUCCAUGCCGAGACGCACACCUCCUCAGGAUGACACCGCUUCCUUGGUUUCUACUGGAACGUUAGUGCCUGAAGUAAUCUACCUUGCUCCACCAGGACACAGGCUUGUCACACAUGCAGACUGGGAUUCACUACAAGCACAAGUCUUAGAACUUCAAGAAGAAUUGACACAACUGAAAGAUCAGAAGACCAAUCUUGAGAAAGAACUGGACACACAAACAACAGAAACCCAGAAACAGGUAACACUCCUUCAGUCUCAGGUGCAGACUUCUGAGAAUCUUCUCCAAGAGCUGCAGAAAUCCUUCACCCAAUCACAGAGUGAUGUACAGAGCAGAUUGAAAGAGCUGUCUCUCUCUCAGAGGAGAGUGUGUAGUGAGCUCUACAGGUUAAAGGGGGGCGAUUUGGAAGAGAACAGCUCAGCAGAAGAGGAACACCCCGAGCUGUUUGCUCUACAGGGAGCUCACACUGAGGAGAGGCUGCGGAUUGAAAUAGUGAAUCUGAAGGAACAGUUGGAGAUGCGUACUGAAGAGAGUGAGGUCUUAGAGGUCCAGCUCUCCAGCCUGAAAACAGAGACAGACCGCAUCCAGAGUGAGAAAGACAAGUUGGAGGAUGAGCUGCAGAGAUGCCGCACUGAACUGCAAGGCCUGCGGGUGGUGUUGUCACACCUACAGACGGACAAGAAAACGACUACCCAUGAAAAGACUGUCCUGCAGGAGCAGUGUUUAGAACUGCGCAGUCAAGUGAUCAGUCUACGCACUCAAGUCGACACCAGCCAGGCUGUGCAGAAGGACUUUGUGCAGCUUUCACAGUCUCUACAGAUGAAGAUGGAGCAGAUUCGUCAGGCCAAAUCGUUGGACCAAGUUAGGCUGAUCCUUGGGGAAGGUCUUGAUGGAGAUCAGCUCAGCAGCAGCACAUGAGCCAGCAUAAUAUUUAUUACCUUUUUUCUGGACCAAAGUGUGAAGACCUUCUACAAGCUAAGAGUCUAGUGACCAUAUAUUAUCAUUAAGAGACCCACUCUCAUUACUUGUAAAAUAAGAACAUUAAUUAUUUUAACAUUACUGUUUCAGUUGACAUUAUUCUACUAUUUAAUAUGAAACUGAAACUAUGCAAAUAUUUUCUAUUAUUGAACUAAGCUUUAUGACUAGGGUAAUAAGACUAAUAACUGGUUUUACUUGAAUUUUAAACAAACCUAACAGAUCCCAAACAAGUCUUUGGUAACUCUGUUUACUAACAAGAAAUUACUUUAAGGGAGAUGCUGAGUUUGUUUUGGCCAGUAACUUUGUUACGUAUACAUAGCUUUAUAGGUUGGUCACCAGCUGAAUGAGCAAUACUUUAGAGAUAACACUAUUUUAAUGUCAGGUAUGUUUCUUUAAAUAGCUUAAUUACAAGCUUUAGACAACAGUUAAAAAAGAGUCAUUAUUUCUAAUUAUCUCACACUGGAAUUGUUUUAUUAAGACAAAUAUGGUUUUAAUCUGUUACGUGUUAAUUAGCAAAGAAUAAACAUUUAUUUUACAGCAGUCAGCAAUUAUCCAUCAGUGUAUAAGCAGAAGAAACCAUGUAUAAUACAAGAAAAAGCAUAACAUAUCUACUCUUACUUAGUAUGUAACAUAUUGGCUCACUGCCAACCUCUCAGCUACAUGUAAAGUCUACAUGAAAACAUGUCUUAGCACUAUUACACUACCAGUCAAAAGUUUGGAAACACCAAUUUGAAGUGAAUUGAAUUGCACCUGACAGAAAGGAGAUACAUACAUCUAUCAGUGCUCAGGAGAUAUGGGGACUCACAGAUAACAGAACAAAGCUUAAUUCUUUACUGAAUGGUAUCAGUAUAAAGCAUGUAGUGAGCGUUUACCACUCAGUGUAAGCUCAUUUCUAAACAGUAAAUGUCAUGAUUUCUUUUUUUAAUUUGAACACUAGGCUUUUCCCCAGAUCCCAGCCCUAUGCAUAACUAACACAAAUGGAUAAAUUCGUAAUGUGUGUGGUGGUUUCAUAUAUCAGACUACUGUAAAUAUCCACUUAGCUUUGCAAGCAGUACCAAUUUGUUUUGUGUUUAACUUUUAUUAAACUUUAUCUUUGGCCAAAA